CCCUCUGGAGUUUGGCCCUCCCGCGCCAAAACUGAAAACCAGGCUUGAAGAUGGCACAACAAAACUUCCCAAAAUGUCACACAGUUACUCCAAAGUUGAUCAGCUGUUGACAUCGCUGCUUGCUGUUGCCCCUGCAGAGGUUAUCUAAUGCAUCACAUCCUGCAACCUGGAAGAUUUUUACUCAGAAAUACGUGCCACACAGUGUGGUCCAAGCAUUACGUUAGUGUUGCCAAGAUGAUGCGUGCAGUGUGUGUUGAUGUACCCGGAGGACCGGAGAAUUUGCUGCUGCAGUCUGUUCCCAGACCUAAUCCCAAAGCAGGAGAAGUCCUGAUUAAAGUUCAUGCAGCUGCCCUCAACAGAGCAGACCUGUUACAGAGACGAGGGCUGUACCCUCCUCCUGCCGGCGAGAGUGACAUCAUAGGCCUGGAGGUAGCUGGUACUAUCCACACCUUGGGUCCAGGGGUGAAAAAGCAAUGGAAACCAGAUGACCGGGUCAUGGCUUUGCUGUGUGGAGGAGGAUAUGCAGAAUAUGUUUCUGUGCCCGAGGAGCUUCUCAUGCCCGUUCCCUCUAAUCUCACAAUGUGUCAGGCUGCUGCAAUCCCAGAGGCCUGGCUCACUGCUUUCCAAUUGCUGGAUUUUGUUGCUCAGAUGAAGGAGGGUGAGGUGGUGCUGGUUCACGCUGGAGGCAGCGGAGUCGGAACAGCGGCUGUUCAGCUAGUUCGUCUGUUUCGGGGUGUGCCCGUUGUCACUGCGGGGAGCCCAGAAAAACUGAAGCUAGCUGAGAAACUGGGUGCUGUAGUUGGAUUCAACUACAAAGAGGAGAGCUUUGCACAGGGAGUGCAUGACUUCACUGGAGGCAAGGGAGCAAAUGUGAUCCUUGAUUGCAUCGGUGGGCACAACUGGGAGUCAAAUGUGAGCUCUUUGGCCAUCGAUGGCAGGUGGGUGCUGUACGGCACCAUGGGAGGGAGGGCGGUAGAGGGAGAUCUGCUGGGCAAACUGCUCUCCAAGCGAGGCCACUUACUUGCUAGUCUCCUCCGCUCUCGCAGCCUUCAGUACAAAGCUGACCUGGUGAAAGCUUUUACGGGCAGGGUGUUGCCAUAUUUCUCAGACCAGCCUGUCACCCUGAGGCCAGUGAUUGACAGCACAUUUAGCCUGGAUGACAUUGCAGAGGCUCAUAAGCACAUGGAAGCUAACAGAAACAUGGGGAAGAUUGUCAUCAGAGUGAUUCCACAGAUUGAGCAAACACAGUGAUGAAUUCAUACUGUAAUAGAAACGCACUGGCUUUGAAAUUUCCCAAAAUACUGAAACCCACUGUCAUUGUAAACUUUUCUUUUGUUAUGAAUAGUCAUAAUUUACUAAUAAUAGACCAAAUCAUUGUUUUUCAUUUUCUGUUGUAGUUUUGUUACGAUUACGUCCCGUGUUACUGUUCUUUUUCUAUCCCCUAUUCAUUGAGGUGAGUUUUCUCCUGUGGUGGUAUUACUCACAAUUUUCUACUAGCAGCAUAGAAAUGACAGAAAUAUGCAUUUCAAUGCAUGAUCAAUGUUUAUAAUAGUUAACUAAAAAGUUAAUUCAGGAAAAAAGGAAAACUAACUCACAAAACUAGAAAAACAUAGACAGUAAAUGUUAUAAGUUUUAAUCUUUGCCAGUUUAGAUACAUUUUAUUAUCACAGCCUGCCUGAUGAAAUUUUGUUGCAUUUGCUUAUUGAGACUUGGGAUGUCUACAUGAUUGUGAGUCAGCUGACAUUUGUACUGUAAAAAUACCUGUUUUGAUUUUCCUAAAUUUUGCCCCUGAUAAUAAUCCUCAGGGGUCACCACAGCAGAUCAUCUCCCUUCAUCUCACCUUAUCUAUUCUCUUCUGCCACACCAACCCUCUGCAUAUCCUCCCACAGUACAUCCACUACCUCCUCUGUGGUCUUCCACUUUUUCUCCUACCUGGAAGCUUCAUACUCAGCAUCCUUUGUCCAGAAUAAAUCCACUAUCACUCCACUGCACAUGUCCAAACCAUUUAUGUCUUGCUUGUACUGAUUUUUAUUCCUCGUUUCUCCAGGGCAUAUCGCCACCUUUCUUAACUCUUCUUCAUCUGCUCCCUACAUUCGCAAAAGAUCACAAUGUUGUUUGCAAACAUUACAUACUCCAGGAAGAUUCCUGGCUGACCUCAUCAGAUCACAGAUCCAAACUAGAAGAUGUUUCUUGAUGCAAUCCCACGCCCACUUUCAACACAUCUAUCACUACUACCUCAGUGUUAUCAUACAUUUCGUGCACCACUCUUACACACUUCUCUGCCUUGCUAUACUUCUAAUAAUAAAACGUGAUUUGAAACUGUAUUGGAAAGAAAAAAAUCGAAUAAAUAAUAAUUAAAAAAAAUAAAACUAAAUAGAAAAAUAGCAAACUAUAAUAACUGUCACAGUCUUCAAAUUUUAUGUGAGCUGGAUCUUAUAUUAAUAAAUUAAAAAAAUUCGGAAAGGAUUUAGAGACGACUUUCUAGGCGAUACUGAUUGGUUGUGUACUUGUUUAAAUAAAGUUCUUUAAAUUGCAAAAAAAAAAAAAAAAUGUUCUCAAACUUCCGGCUUCUGUGUUGCGGCUCCUUUCACAACUUCCCUCCAGGUCAUGAGGAGACACAGUUAACAUAAAAAAGGUCGUGUAACUGAGUUAUUUUAAUGAAUAAAUAUUAAAUUAGUCAACGGACAACUUUCCGACUCUAUGAUUCGACGGAAAACAGCGAAUAUCUUUAUUUAUCUG